AUGCCAGAAGUCGGCCGUCACCAAAAAACCUACUCCGUUCGCCCAGUGGAAGUUGUUCGUUCAGCUAGUGCAACCUCUGUUUCUGAAACACGAAUCGAUCUCCCACCCGUACUAAACGGCAAAUCCCCUAAGGGCCGACGUCGGUCCAGAUGUCUAGACUGUUAUGUUGUGCUUUUGGUCGGUUUUAAUCUACUUUUCUAUACUGUUUAUGAUAUUUUUAGUUGACCAUCAGCACCGUAUUCCUCUUGACUGGAGCUAGUCUGAGUUUUACCGAGUUCAGAGAGGGGAAAGUGGUGCUUUUGCUGGGGGCCCUCGGCCUCGUUCCCACCAUUCCAUCUCUUUUUCUCCUAUCCAGAAGAUUAACUGACCCCAAUGAUGGUAAGACGAUCACUGCAGAGGAUCUUAUAUAAUGUUACAGUAAUCCAAGUGUACUGUUCGUUGUCAUAUGCGGUUGGAACUGUCUGUAUUUUGAGUAUCUAUCAUGUCUGGAAGGUCGAAGGAUACAAGAAAAACAAGUUCACCAUCUUUUUGAACUCUCUCUUCGCUUUGUUACUCUUCUUGAGCAGUCUUACUGUGCAGUGCUUUAGAAUUACUGAGGUCAAAAGUAAGUUCGAAAAUUAAAAAAUAUAUAUUUUUAGAUCAAAGUGAGAAAGAGAAAAAUGGAAAUUUGAAGAAGGAGAAGAGCCCAGAGAAGAAGGGAAAGAAAAAGCAGAACAAUACGAAGAGUGAAGAGAGCCAAAAGAAGGGGAAGAAGAACAAACAGAGAAAACCCGAAAACAGAAACAAGUCUUCAGUAAGUUGACCUAUCGUUAAAAAUUACAGUCAUGUAAUUACAAAAUGUUUUGACGAUCCCAUUUUUUAAUUUCAGAAAUCCAGUUCCAAAUUCUCGGCUAAAUCCAUGAAAUCCUCCGUAGAAAUCAAUAAAUGUUUGUAA